AUGAGAGUAUUUCAAUUGACUGCUUUAGUAGCAGCAUUUUUCUUCCCGCUUUGUUUGGCUCUUUCAAACGAAGGUUUGGCCAAAGAAGCUGCUAAAGGAAAAGGUGUCCUUAAAUUGACCAAUAACAACUUUGAAAGGAUCUUGAAAGGCCCUCGGGAUGCCUAUUUAGUGAUUUUCUUGACGUCCACAAAUCCUGCAAUUGGGUGUACUUUGUGUACUGAACUGGAGCCCGAAUUCAAUUUGCUAACUGAAUCAUGGCUCAAAGAUCAUAGCGAUGGCAUUUCUGGAGACGGAGAGAAAGCACUUUUUUUCGCAAAAGCAGAUUUCGAUCCUAAGAAAAAUGACAAAGUGUUUAUGCAUUUCAACGUCAAUAACGUCCCACGGCUACUGUUCAUAUCACCACAACAAGAGUUCGGCAGCUUCAGUCAAAUCAACUUGCCGGCCGAAACCGGUGCCGCAAGAGUUGUCGCUGUGGUAAGCGCAUUGAGCGAUGCAACCGGUAUUUCAGAUUUCCAAAUCCAUCAACCCAUCAACUGGGGGUCAAUUGCCAUCACUGCAAUUGCAACGGCUGCAAUCACGAUUUUUGUAAAGAAAAACAAAGAAGUCGCGGCACGCUUGGCUAGUUCUAAACCACUUUGGGGACUUGCAACAGUGUUCAUUAUAAUUCUUUGGAAUUCUGGCUACAUGUUUAAUACCAUUAGAGGCAGCCAGUUUGCGGGCAUGAGUCAGAAUGGCGAGGCCGUUGUUUAUUUCCUUGAGGGUCAACAACAGAACCAAUUUGGGAUCGAAACCCAGAUCGUCAGUGUCAUUUACGGAAUUCUUGCUGCAUCGACUGUGGGGCUCAUCACCUUUGUUCCCUACGCUGCUAACUUCUAUGCUAAAGACAGAACAGGCAAAGCUUCGCCUUCUAAGGCUUCAUUCAUCGAACUGGUUCUCACAUUGUGUUGUCUUAUCACAUUAUAUGCCAUUUAUAGUGCCCUGUUGGCUGUUUUUGGUUUGAAGAGCUCAGGGUACCCAUUCAGACUUUUCCGUCUACCAGGCAAGAUCUGGUGA